AUGGCCCCAGACUAUGUGAUGACAAUCGAGUCUGACGACGAGGGGGGCAUAGAGGGCGAUGGGCCAACUAUUGACCCGGGGUUUAGCUUUGAUGUUGCCGGAGGCGCUUUGACCGGAGCGGGCGAUGCUUGGGAUAGCGCCGACGUAGUGCACAGCGGAUCCAAGCCGGAGCCCAUAUCAGUAGACGACAUUAUAGCGCGGCGCAAACUCAGGGCCCAGGCGGAGGGCAGCUUGAAGCGCAAGCGACACGAGGCAGACCAAGACCAAGACACCAGCGACGAAGAGGCCUCCCAGGGGGAGAGCUCGGGGGAAGAGUUGAGCUCGGACAACGAUUCUGCCUUUGGCGGUGCCGUGGAGGAAGCCCACCACGAUGAGGAUGACCCCCUGUCAGACUCGGAUUCGAGCAAUGGCCCAGCCUCAGAGGCAGAGGGCGAUGACACUGGCUCUCAAUCUGACUCGGAUGCCGACUCGGAUGUCGAAACCCCCGCCCAAAAAGCUGCCAAGGCUGCAUACUUUGCACCAUCUCCUACAGACGCACAAGUACAUACAUCAUUCACAAGCAUGAACCUAUCUCGACCCCUCCUCCGUGCCCUGACUUCAGCCGGGUUUAACUCCCCCACCCCCAUCCAAGCUGCUACUAUACCAGUUGCACUUCUCGGUAAGGAUGUGGUAGGUGGUGCAGUCACAGGCUCAGGUAAAACCGCCGCAUUUAUCAUCCCUAUUCUCGAGCGACUUUUAUACCGAUCCCGCGAUGCUCAUACCCGCGUACUCGUACUCGUGCCUACUCGUGAACUUGCUGUUCAGUGUCACGCUGUCGCUGAAAAGCUUGGGACGUUUACCGAUGUUCGAUGCGCACUCAUCGUCGGUGGUCUUUCCCUCAAAGCACAGGAAGCCACAUUACGAACUCGACCUGACUUGGUUGUGGCUACCCCGGGUAGACUGAUUGACCACCUGCGUAACUCUCGUUCUUUUGCACUGGAUGCAUUAGACGUACUGGUGCUGGACGAAGCAGACCGAAUGCUCUCGGACGGCUUCGCGGACGAACUCAAAGAGAUUGUUCAGUCUUGUCCAACAGGUCGCCAAACCAUGCUAUUUUCGGCAACUAUGACUGACGACGUGGAAACACUCAUUCGCCUCUCCCUCCGACACCCCGUUCGACUCUUUGUCGACCCGUCUAAACAAACCGCCCGUGGACUCGUUCAAGAAUUCGUCCGUGUACGCGCAGGAAAAGAGGCCGAACGUCCAGCUUUGCUCGUCGCUCUUUGCCAGCGCACCGCUCGAAAAGGUGUCAUCAUUUUCUUCAGGAGCAAAAAAUUGGCACAUCAGUUCCGGGUCGUGUUUGGGUUGUGUGGGUUAAAGGCAUUGGAACUGCAUGGAGAUCUAACACAAGAGCAGCGUCUGAACGCGCUCACCAAAUUCCGCUCAGGCGAAGCCGACUAUCUUCUAGCUACCGACCUUGCAUCGCGCGGUUUGGACAUCAGAGGCAUCGAGACAGUCAUCAACUAUGACAUGCCAGGUCAAAUCGAGCAAUAUGUCCAUCGUGUGGGCCGAACAGCACGUGCGGGAAAGAAAGGACGGUCAAUUACACUGGUGGGCGAGGCAGAUCGGAAGAUGCUCAAGGCAGCGAUCAAACGCAGUGAAGCUGACAAGAUCAGACAUCGCGUCGUACCGAGCGAAGUCGUGGCCUCAGUUGUGGAAAAAUUGGAGGAGCUCAAGGGAGAGGUCGAGGAAGUCCUCAAAGAGGAAAAGGAAGAAAAAUUGUUGCGGACUGCAGAAAUGGAAUUAAAAAAGGGCCAGAAUAUGAUCACCCACGAAGAAGAGAUAUUCGGCCGACCCAAGCGAACGUGGUUCCAGACUGACAAGGAAAAGGAAAAGGCAGCUGCGAUUAGCAAGCAGCAAUAUGAAAAAGGGUUUACUUCAAACGUGGACCUUGGAAAGAAAGAUAACAAAUCCAAGGAUAAAGAUGAAGACAAACCUAAACGUGACAAAUUCUCUGGCCUUACUCGGCGUGCAAAGAGACGCAAACUUGCACGGGAGGCUGAUGCCGAGUUUAAUGAUCAGCAUGCAACUGAUGCAGCGAUCCGGAGCGCCAAACGAGCCCAGCGACCGGGGAAAAUUGGUGAACCAGUCAAGAAAUUUGACCCCAAGGCAGGCAAAAAGAAGUCCAAGUCCAAGAUUCGUAAGGUUGGGUUUGAUAGAGAUUUGGCAGAUAGGGGAAGUGCCCAGGCAAGAGAAGGAAUGAGGGCCAAAAAGGGUGAGGGUAUCAAAGCAUUGAAACCCAAGCAAUCCAAGGGAGCAGGCAAAAAGGCGGCCGCGGGCAAGCGCCGUUGA